GCCCAAUAAACUCUCUCUCUGCCCCAUUUGCAGUUAGAAAGGUAGGUACAAGGAAAACCAAAAUUCAAAACCAGUAGAGAGAGAGAGGAGAGAGAGAGAGAGAGAAUGGGGAGCCGAGACGGUGGUGAUGAAGCGAUGGCAGCGGCGCAGGAGGAGGAGGAGACCGGGAACGUGGUGGAAUCGUCUCCCGCAACUGGUGACGGUGGAGGUGGUGGGUCGUCAGACGUUGCGGGUGGUGGCGGGGACUCCGGCGGCGGAGGUGGAAGCGGGGGAGUGGUGGUGAACAGUAGGGUGAAGGGACCCUGGUCGCCGGAGCAAGACGAGGUGCUAGGUAAGUUGGUGAGCAAGUUCGGGGCAAGGAAUUGGAGCUUGAUCGCUCGGGGGAUUCCAGGCCGGUCCGGUAAAUCUUGCAGGCUUCGUUGGUGUAACCAGCUUGACCCUUGUUUGAAACGGAAGCCUUUCACUGAUGAAGAAGACAGUAUCAUCAUUUCAGCUCAUGCUGUCCACGGAAACAAGUGGGCAGUAAUCGCAAAACUGCUCCCUGGUAGAACCGAUAAUGCAAUUAAGAACCACUGGAAUUCAACUCUAAGGCGCAGAUAUUCUGAGCUACCAACAUUCAAACGUGCAGCUAUCAACGGGAUGUUGAUGGAAAAUGGUAGCUAUGACAGAGCAAAGACAUCAUCUUCAGAAGAGACUCCUUCAGUUGGUGAAGGUAAUUCACUAAAGCCCAUUGAACAAAGAGAUGUUGCAAUGGAAGAAAGAACCCAGAUGGAUAAGGAGAUUUGUAAAACGCAGGAUGUAGUUCACUAUGCUGCCGUCAUACCCCAGGAACAGCCUCCUAGCCUUCCUCGUCCUGUCGCAAGAGUCAGUGCAUUCAGUGUUUACGUUCCUCCCAAUGGCCGAAAAGCCAGCAGCCCAGCCUGUCGCACACGACAAAUUCCAGACCAAGAACCUUUAAUCCAAGCUUCAAAAUCCGACUUUGGAAUUGGAAAGUUACUUGAAGGUAUUUGCAGCGAGCCGAUGGUUCCUUCAAAAUGUGGGUUUGGUUGCUGCUCAACACCAAGUGGUGGUAGCCAGUCUGGGAGCUCGCUAUUGGGACCCGAGUUUGUCGACUAUGAAGACUCAUCACUCCCCUCUUUCUCAAGUCAUGAGCUAAUCUCGAUCGCCACAGAUUUGAACAACAUAGCUUGGAUAAAAAGUGGGAUUGAGAACAGUAAUAACAGUUCCUUACCAGGCAGUGCUGCUGCAAGCCCUAUCACCCCUCAAGCACCAGUGUUGGCUUCACAAAUGGGAAUUCCUGAACAGAACUUCAGACAUGGCCAUAUGGACGGUCAAACCAAGUUUGUCGGAACGAUGGCAGAUCAUAUGUCGAACUAUAUGCCUGCUAGACCUUUAGCAAUGAGAGCUGAAGUCGAAAGCUUGAGCUAGUAAACCAUGCAGCUAAAUGUUCGUAUUCUGAGAUAUCCCUUCUCGGGGAGGAAAAGUACAGAGUCUUUCAUCAUGGCCGGUACUACCGUUUACUUCAUAUGAUUAUUUUUUCGAACAGAGGCACAUGUAUCUUCCUAAAAUUGGCUUUUAGAGUCCCAGAUAUGUUACUGAUGGUAACUGCAAGGGGGGUUGCUUUAGGCUUUUACUAAGCAGUGAACCUUGUCUAUAGCUUCUCCCAAGUUAGGGACGUUUGAAAACUCGGAUAAGUUAGAUGUUUCAUAACCAUGCACAGAGAAAACUUCCUGGAAUCGUGAUUAUCUUGUUUGUACCUUAACAGUUUUCCUGAUGUGGGCGGUGUUUGAUUGAGAUGUUUAUUUUUGCGAA